CACCUCCGAUCCAAGGCUCCAACCAACCAACCCUGUCGUCCCUUCCGUCGGCGAGGGUUGGACUCGGCCACUUGGGAGAUGUUGGCCGCCGCGGCGGUCCUGGCGCUGCUGAUGGCGUCCGCGCUGUCGGGGGCUGCGGCCGGUGGCGACAUCGUCCACCACGACGACGAGGCCCCCAAGAUCCCCGGAUGCUCCAACGAUUUCGUCCUGGUAAAAGUGCAAAGUUGGGUCAGCGGCAAAGAGGAUGACGAGUUUGUUGGUGUUGGUGCUCGCUUUGGUCCCAAAAUCGUCUCCAAGGAAAAGCACGCAAACCGAAUUAAACUCACUCUGGCAGACCCUAUUGAGAGCUGCUCUCCUUUGAAACACAAGGUUUCUGGAGAUGUUAUAUUAGUUCAAAGGGGCAAGUGCAAAUUCACAAAAAAAGCAAAGUUUGCUGAAGCUGCAGGUGCUUCUGGUAUAAUAAUCAUAAACCAUGUCCACGAACUGUACAAGAUGGUCUGUGAAAAGAACGAAACAGAUCUUGAUAUACAUAUACCUUCAGUUCUCCUGCCAAAAGAUGCAGGUGACACUUUACGUACACUUCUUACGAGUGGUAACGCAGUUUCUGUGCAGCUGUACUCUCCAGACCGUCCUGUAGUCGAUACAGCAGAGGUGUUUCUAUGGCUUAUGGCCGUUGGUACAGUCCUUGGUGCUUCAUACUGGUCAGCGUGGAGUGCUAGAGAAGCAGUUAUUGAACAAGAGAAGCUCCUGAAGGAUGGCCAUGAAAGCCUACUGAAUGUUGAGGAUGGAGGUUCUAGUGGCAUUGUAGAUAUCAAUGUGGCAUCGGCGAUAAUGUUUGUGGUGGUUGCAUCAUGCUUCUUAAUGAUGCUUUACAAGCUGAUGUCUUAUUGGUUUGUGGAGCUACUGGUGGUAAUCUUCUGCAUCGGUGGUGUAGAGGGUCUGCAAACAUGCUUGGUGGCUCUGUUAUCAAGAUGGUUUAAACCUGCUGCGGAAUCUUUUGUGAAAGUACCGUUCGUUGGAGCUGUUUCACAUCUUACUCUGGCAAUUUGCCCAUUUUGCAUUGUAUUUGCUGUUCUGUGGGCUGUUUACCGCCAAAAGCCCUAUGCUUGGAUUGGGCAAGAUAUUCUUGGUAUUGCACUGAUAGUUACUGUCAUCCAAAUUGUCAGAGUACCUAACGUCAAGGUGGGUUCAGUUCUUCUCAGCUGCGCCUUCUUGUAUGACAUCUUCUGGGUAUUCGUCUCCAAGACGUGGUUUCAUGAGAGUGUGAUGAUUGUGGUUGCCCGUGGUGAUAAGACUGAUGAAGAUGGUGUGCCCAUGUUGCUAAAAAUCCCACGAAUGUUUGAUCCAUGGGGUGGAUACAGCGUCAUUGGCUUUGGUGAUAUCCUUCUCCCUGGGCUGUUAGUUGCUUUUGCACUUAGAUAUGAUUUUGCUGCCAAGAAGAGAUUUCAGUCUGGUUACUUCUUGUGGUCAAUGGUGGCCUAUGGUUCUGGACUUCUUACCACAUAUGUUGCGCUGAACCUGAUGGAUGGGCAUGGCCAACCUGCCCUUCUUUACAUCGUGCCCUUCACGCUCGGCACGUUGAUAGCGCUUGGGUUUAAGAGAGGGGAGCUGCGAAACCUGUGGUUCAAGGGAGAGCCAGAGAGAGUAUGCACGCAUACUCUCUCUUCUUCCUCAAAUUAGCAGCAGGGUUCGACGGCCCCAAAUUAGCAGGGAGCAUGCCUUCUCUAACUUCUCUUCUUCCCCUGUAAUAAUGUAUCCUCAAUCCUCAUUACUCUAUUUGUAGGGUGAGUAGUAAUUAAGAGUGUCUUCCGUUGCUGCCAGUAAGUAAUUCCUACUAGUAUCCUCAAUGCUCAUGGCCAGCUAGAACACAAGAGUGACUUUACUGAUUCGUAAAUUACAUUAUAUUGGUGAAAAUAUGUACUAUACUGUAUCCUUAAUUAUUAGCAUAUAAUGGUUUAGUGUGA